AUGAGUAUAACUGAUUUUAGAAAUAGUUAUACUGUCUCCUUUCAAUCAGUCACAAUUUUACACAACAGAUUAAUUAAGAUUAUAUUAGAUAGUAGUUAUAUAACACAAUACAUAUAUUUAUUGAUUUUAUUGACAGAAAUUAAUUGUAAAAAUCAGUUAAAUGUAAAUACUACACUAAGUCAUAUUUCAUCAUCUAGUCAUUUAAUAGAAUCGAUAAAUCCAAUGAAUUUUAUAAAUCGACGUUCAUUACGUAAUACAAUUCAGACUAAUAAUGAUGGUUUAUCAAUUAUGCAAAAUAAUGAUGUCUCAUCAACAACAAUUCAAAUUGGAUUUAUUAUAACUGAAGAAGCGCCAAUUGGUACAAUAGUUGGCAAUUUAUUAGAUAAACUACAAUUACAUAAUCCUAAUUUAUUACUUACAAAAAAUUCUUUAACUACUAGUAAAAAUAAUCAACAAUUUGUCAAUUUAAAACCAAUUCCAUAUAUAAGUUUAAAUCAAACAACCGGUGAUUUAAUUGUACGUGCACGUAUUGAUCGAGAGUCAUUAUGUGAUGCAAUUGGAACAUGUUGUCAUACUGACAGAUUAACUGAUUAUCACUUAUGGUUAGAUAAUAAACUGGAGAUAAGUAAUAAUGAUAAAUCAGCUGAACACUUAUCAUUGAUGUCAUCAAGUUGUGUAUUGAGAAUGCUUGUUCUCUUUCAUAUUGAUAAUGAACAAUUUUUAGAGAUUAUCAUUUAUGUAUUGGAUAUUAAUGACAACUCGCCAAAAUGGAUGCAAUCAGUGAUAGAGUUGGAGAUACCAGAACAUGUGGCCAUUGGAACAAGUUAUCAAUUACCUGAAGCUGUUGAUUUCGACCAAGGACCUAUGCAUACAGUUGUAUCCUAUGAAUUAGAAAAUAAACCAUUGAAAGAUAAUCAAUAUCAGUCGAGUAAACAUUCUGCCCCUAAUCAAUCUAGACGAGAUGUAUUAGAUAAACAGCCGUUCAGCUUGGACGUACAUAUUUUGGAGAGUGCUAAUUCUGAGUUGCAAACAUUUUCAUUAAGACUGCGUGUCGAAGAAGAUUUGGAUCGUGAAACGCAUCCAGUCUAUGAGCUAAUGCUAUAUGCCAUAGACGGAGGUGAGACAAAUCAAAUGAACACAAGGAAGCAGUAUGCUUCAAGUGAUAGUUACCGGUUUCCUAAUGCAUCGAACAGGUAUACAGGAUCAGUGUUGAUUCGUGUAUUGUUAAUGGAUAAGAAUGAUAAUGCACCAUUGUUUAAAAACUCUAAUCCAACUAUUGUUAUCCCAGAGAAUAUAAAGCCCGGUACUGUGAUCUAUCAGGCAGUGGCGACUGACUUGGACUCUAAUGACCAGGACUCUUUAGUCUACAAGAUUGGACCAUCAGCAAACGCUGAAGUUCAAAGGUGUUUUAGGCUCAAUUCUAAAACCGGUGAAUUGAUUGUUAUCACGUCGUUGAGUUAUCAAAAUGCUAGUUUGCUUCAAUUAGACAACUCAAAUACCGAGAUCAAUCAAAACAGCAGGUUGAAUACUGCAUCUUCUUCUUCUCAAAUGGGUUACAUUGUCCCAAUUCAAGUUAGUGAUCAGAUACACAUUACAGAAAUGACUUUAAAGAUUGGUCUAAAAAAGAUCAACAUGAAUCCUCCAACAAUUCAUGUCGCCUCUCAUCUACGUUUAUCUUCGAGAGGGAAUCAAAUAUGGAUUGGUGAAGAUACACAACCAGGUUCUCUGGUUGCUAUGAUCAAUGUAGUGGAUUUGGAUGAAAUUGUGCCCCAAACCAGAUUGAAUCAAGUUAUUAGUAGUCCUCAGAAGUCUGAUUGUCGGAGUAAACAUGAAUAUUUUGAAAUUAUCCCUCUGCAUACUGCGACUAAUUCAGAUUUUAAAGUAUUACUAAAGAAGUCACUCGAUCGAGAGACAAAAUCAUCACAUACUUUAAAAAUUGAAUGUUGGGAUUCUGGUGAACCACCAUUAACUGCUGAGACCAGUAUUAUUAUCCAAGUAGAUGAUAUUAAUGAUUCUCCACCGGUAUUUGAACGUCAAUUCUACUUUGCUAAGAUUAAAGAAGGUCUUGAUCCUUCCACACCUAUCAUACAAGUACAAGCUACAGAUGCUGAUUUGGGAAAGAAUGCUGAAAUCAUAUAUCGAUUAAUUUCACAGGAGUAUACAUCAGCAACUCCUCUAUCAGAGCCAAUAUGCUCAUCAUUAAAUCCAUUAAACUUUGAAAAUAAUCUAAUAAUGAUUAAUGAAAACACAGGUGAGUUGAUUAGUCAAACUUCAUUAGAUCGUGAAAGUGUUUCAUCUAUAAAUUGUACAGAUGUAAAUGAUUGUAAACCGGUUUUUAAUGAAUCAUCCUAUGAGUUCACCUUGAUUGAAGGUCAAAAAUCUCACUAUCAAAUAGGUCGAGUAUUUGCAAUCGACUGUGAUGCUGAACUGUCCAAUCGUAUGAUACGUUACAGCAUGAGACCAUCACCUGGAGCAGGAGGUCAUUUAGUGAAAUUAUACGUUUAUGUAAGCUUCGAGGGUAUCAUUUACACACAUCAAACAACAGACAGAGAACAAACACCUGUGUUGACAUUUGAAGUCAUUGCUACAGAUACUGGAAAUCCUCCACUUUCAGCUGUGUCAAGCGUUCUUAUUCGCAUAUUGGAUACUAAUGAUAAUGCACCUGUAUGGAUAUUUCCAAAACAAUUUGGAGCAAAUAGUGUGAUAAAUAUUUCACAGUAUUCAACUGUUGGGCUGUUGAUUACUCAAUUGAGGGCAAUUGAUGCAGAUGAAGGCUUAAACGGUGAAGUCAUUUAUUCCAUUGUACACGGAAAUGAUGAUGGAUUAUUUGAAGUGGACCCGAUGAGUGGCGCUCUUUAUCUAGUUCGUUCAUUUUAUCAUUUAUCACAGACAAUGAAUUUGAAGACACUGACGAAAGAAGAAGUUAACAAUAGUGGAUUAUAUCAAUUUGGAGAAUUAGCGGAGACUUUUGGCAAGAUUCAUGAACAGGUACAUAGUUAUAGACUUCUAUUAAAAGCACAAGAUCGAGGAACACCGUCUCGACAAAAUACUACAGUUCUGUAUGUAGCUGUACUUCCUUCUCAGCUUGAUAAACAAUCACAGACUGAUCGAAUAUCUAUGGAAUCAGUAUACCAACAUCCUGAUCUGAAACGUCAAGUGGGUUCAAAUUUUUCUGAUGUCAGACGAAUGGAUCGUGAUUUGAUUGUUAUGGUAGUGUUGAUUGCAUUGACUCUAAUUAUUUCAGUGAUUUUAAUCAUGGCGAUAUUUUUGAUCAGAUGUAAAGGUCUACUGUGCGUUAAUCUGUUCAGUAGAUCAAAUCGUCGAAGGAACAAUAACAAUGACAAUGUUAAUAACAAUCAACUCACUUUGGAAAAUCAUGCUAUUCAGUCAGUCAACGGUAAUGAAUGCAGCUUCAUUGGUGAUCAAUGGUGGAAUAAAUCAUGGAAGGGAAAAACGCUCCCAACGGAUUACUGCAUAAACAAGGGUGGUGAUUUACUAUCAACAUCUUGUCAGGAUAUGUACAGAGCUAGUACACUUGAACACUGUCCAGAGUUCAACUUACUUCGAUGUGUACAGAAUACAGCAUCCACUUCACCAUGUGAUCAUAUCCUACUUAAAGAUUCCACUUACAGAACAUUAGAUCCAGACACAUUUAAGCACAGCAGUAGUCCACAACCGUGUAAUUCUUCUUCUACUUUCAGUUCAAAUACUUCUACCAACCCUAAUGUCAUUAAUAAUAAUCAAAGUCAAAAAUACAAUACAAUAUCAACAUUGCAUAAUCCUCUCACUGGUGGGUAUGUAAUCGAGAUGAAUACAUCGAAUACAGAAAAUCCAUACACCUUAUUAAAAACAUGUGAUAUACCUGGAUUUAAUAAAGAAUUAAUUUAUCAACCAUUAUGUUCAACAUCUGUAUCUCAAAGACAAUAUUGUUUAGCGCCAGUAACAUAUGAAGCAGAAGAAGAAGAAGAAGAGAAUCAAGCUGAUUUAUGCGUUGUAAAUACUUGUUCUACAUCACCUGUUAAAACAAACACUUCACAAAGACAAGUACGUUUAACCAAUUUGAAUUCACCGCAAAUUAAUGAACGAAAGAGAAAAACAAAAAUCACUAUUCAAUAA